GGUCUAUGACACUCUGCUUGCAGUAUCGUACUUUAAGCCGAAAGAUGCUUUUUGAAUUUUCUUGUGCAUUGCACUAGAGCUGUUCCUAAAAUAUUAUAACGUAAGGAUAUGUUCUCAAUUUUCAGUGCGCUUAAUGCGCUCCCUUCAUAUUUUCCUUUCGUCGUGAAUUGUAGCCAAUUUUUACCUUUAUUUACGUAUACUGGUAUACGCAAGAAAACCUUGAUUUAAGAUUUUCUGGUAUUGAAUGGGUUUUGGUAGAUACCUUCUCAAAAGUACAUUUGACGAUGCGCGUGUACUUCUUCCUGCUGAUUACUACAAUUUUAACUGGAGGACGAGCAGCGUAGAUGCUGUGCGUACUUCCUGCUUUUAUUUGUUUUCACCAGACGAUUAGUUAAAUUAAAAGAAUUGUGUUGACGAGAACAACGGAGAGAUUAUACCUCCCUACUGCUGCGGAUACCUGAAACGUCACGUUCAUGGAGAGUAUUUCCGUGUCUCCAGCGGACAUUGAUUACCUAUACGUCGUGGAUCGUACGUGCACUGAGGACGCGAGCACAACUGAUGGUAAUCAGGAAACAGCUGAAUAUUCCCCGACGUGCUCAACAGCUGCGUUGUCCCUUUGUCUUGGGAAGAACUUGAAACUGCAAGUAGUGAAGCACAAAAGGAGAUUGUACGCUUUGAAUUCUGCCCAUUUGUCGAUGAUCAAACGGUCGUACAGCCUCGGAAGCUGCGCUGUUGUGCCGGUAACAGUCAUUCCUUCUUCGCUUGUACCUGAAGCCGUAAUACGGCUCUUGGACGGCAUUAACAGUCAUCACGACGCCAUUAUUAAUAAACAUACAGAUGAGGAAACUGCAUCGAAAGGCAUCCGCCAAUCAAGCAAACCUUCUCCGCGUGCUACUACCACCCAACGGAAAACGGACGGACCAAAUGCGAAAGUAACGCUUUACGAUGAGCUGGAAGAGGAUGUGCUGGAUGCUGAGGAAAGCGCACAGGUGUACGAAUGGGAGCCAAAUGACAUUGAAGACGAAGAGGAAUCCAUAGAAAGCAAUGGAGAUGAAGACACCAUUCUGUGUGCCGUCUGCGAACAAGUAUUCGAAACUAAACAGGACCUAAACAAUCACCGGGCAAAAAAGCGGCACUACUUUUGCAGCUUGUGCGAAGACAUUUUCUUCAAUCCAGCGCAACUGCAGCUCCACAAAACAAAGACAGAGCACUUUUCGGACGACGAAGGAGACGAUGUGGAUGACAACCAUGCAUAUGGAACAGAAUACCAGCUCCGAACAUCAAAUAAGAACCAGAUGAUUGCGGUAGAGAGCGAAAUCGAAAGCCUUCUAUGACGCUAAAGCGGGAUGCUUCUUCUUCAGUACCGGUGAUUUUAUAACAUAAAUAUACCUGCGAAAGAAUUGGGGGAGUACUUAGUUCUGUUUUUCUGUUCAGAUAGUUAACCGUAAAACCAAACGGGUAUUGUUUUGUGUUCCGGAAGCUGAUCCAUCUUUCAUGGUCUUUUCAUUUUAAAGUUAGAAUGAAUGCUUAUUUAAAGGCAUGAGUAGUUUCUUGCUUUUUUAUGCAUAAUUGACAGGAUUAUUUUGUUACAGAAGCAGAAUGUCGGUUGCGGUAAUUUUUGUACAUUGACUAUCAAUCGUAAAGAAAA